AUGUCACCCGUCCGCGUCGAGGAGCAGUCACCUACAUGCCUCCUGUACCGUGAUCUUCACGGCAAGAAACCAGAAACCGUAGUGGAAGCGAAGGGAUCAUAUCUUUAUCUUGACGAUGGGCGAAGAAUUCUCGAUGCUUGCGCUGGUGCUGCUGUGGCAUCCAUAGGUCACGGUGAUCAGCGUGUGAUCCGAGCUGUGGGCUCUCAGAUGGCCACACUAUCCUAUCAUCACACUUCUCGAUUAACGAAUCCGGCGGCGGAAACACUCGGGCAGAAUCUUGUUGGCCACCGUCCAGGUGGUUUAUCUCAUGCGAUAUUCCUGUCCUCUGGAUCUGAGGCGAACGAGAGUGCUAUCAAGCUGGCACGACAGUACUUCGUAGAGAUGGGACAGGUAGACAGGAUACACAUCAUCAGCCGCAACAAUUCGUAUCAUGGGAAUAGCAUCGGUUGUGUUUCGUUGACGGGUAUACCAAGUCGACGUCGCUAUUUUGAGCCGAUCCUCAUGCAGCACACAUCCCGCGUCUCACCGUGCUAUCCAUACCGUUACAAAGCAGAUCAAGAAACAGAUGAGUCUUACGCUGAAAGGUUAGCGGAUGAACUGGAAACUGAAAUUCUGCGCGUUGGUCCGAGAAAGGUCGCCGCCUUUUUCGCUGAAACCGUGGGUGGUGCUGCCGCGGGCAAUCUCACUCCGGUUCCGGGGUACUUUAAGGCAAUUCGGAGAGUGUGUGACAAAUACGGUGUACUCCUCGUGUUGGACGAAAUCAUGUGCGGAAUGGGAAGAACUGGGAAAAUGCAUGCGUGGGAAUGGGAAGACAUACAGACCGUGGGGAAGGGACUCAACGGUGGCUAUCAAGCUCUUUCAGCUGUCCUUAUGCAACAGCAUGUAGUUGACGGCUUGAAACGGGGGUCUGGUGCAUUCGCCAAUGGUCAAACCUUCCAGUGCCAUCCCGCUGCGGCGGCGGCCGGAGUUGCAAUCCUCUCAAUCUUUGAGAGUGAUGACAUAGUGGCGGUCUGUGCGAAGCGGGGAGCAGAAAACAAGCAAACCAAGGAGACAUUCUCCAAAGAUUUACCUCUGGCUUCCAAACUGGAUAACGCGAUAUUCGCCCGUGGUGUGUCGAUUUAUUCAGGAUUUGGUAAAGGAACAGCCGAUGGCGUCGUGGGCGAUCAUAUCUUGUUCUCACCGCCCUUGAACAUCUCGUCUGCGGAAAUCGCGGAGCUCGUCGAGGCCGUCAGAUAUGGAGUAGAGGAGGUGUUCGCCUCGGCAGAUGUACAGAGGGAGUUAAUGACUUGA